AAGAUAGCAGAAACUUCCAGGGAGACUGAUAAUACCAUGACAAUAUUUAUUUGAUUAUUUUUUUUCCUUGAGUAGAUUCAGAACAUCACAGAGUUGUUGGACAGAGGAGAACUUGCCUUCCAGCUAGCAAGAUUAUUUUGGCCUGCCUCCUUGGUUCUGAUUACAUAUCUUCUGUCAUUAUGCAAAUGUCUAAUCUAUUCAUCUGUUAGUGAUCACUGUAGGAGCUGUAUAACUGUAAAUGAUAUGAGCACAGAGUAGUGGUCACAUAAUGACUAUAUGAAUCUAAGUGAAGUAUUGAAUGUAAACUAUGAAUUUAAAUUAAGUAAUAAACAGUUUUUAUUUUUCAGCAGUUCAUAUCCAAGUCCUUUCACAUAAAUCUGAAAUCUUGGAAGUCAUGAGCAACUUCAGCAAAGAAGAAUUUGAGUUGACCUUCCUUGAUGAAGGCUUUACUGCCAAGGAUAUCCUUGACCAAAAAAUAAAUGAAGUGUCAUCUUCUGAUGAUAAAGAUGCCUUCUAUGUUGCUGACCUCGGGGACAUUGUGAAGAAGCACAUGCGGUGGCAUAAGGCCCUUCCUCGGGUGACCCCCUUCUAUGCUGUAAAGUGUAAUGACAGCAGAGCUGUUGUGAAGACACUUGCUGUUCUUGGGGCAGGAUUUGAUUGUGCCAGUAAGACGGAAAUACAGCUGGUACAGAGCAUUGGUGUGCCUCCUGAGCGAAUAAUAUAUGCAAAUCCCUGCAAACAAAUAUCUCAAAUCAAACAUGCUGCCAGCAGUGGUGUGAAGAUGAUGACAUUUGAUAGUGAAGUAGAGCUAAUGAAAGUUGCAAGGGCCCAUCCAAAAGCCAAGUUAGUCUUGCGCAUUACCACUGAUGACUCCAAAGCAGUCUGUCGUCUGAGUGUUAAAUUUGGAGCUACACUUAAGACUAGCAGGCUUCUUCUGGAGCGUGCAAAAGAGCUUGACCUUGCCAUUGUUGGAGUUAGUUUCCAUGUUGGAAGUGGAUGUACAGACCCAGAGACCUUUGUUCAAGCCAUUUCUGAUGCCCGCUGUGUGUUUGAUAUGGGAGCUGAACUUGGCUUCAAUAUGUAUCUGCUUGAUAUUGGUGGUGGCUUCCCUGGCUCUGAAGAUGUCAAGCUUAAAUUUGAAGAGAUCACAAAUGUAAUCAACCCAGCACUGGAUAAAUACUUCCCUUCAGAUUCUGGAAUAAAUAUUAUUGCAGAGCCAGGAAGAUACUAUGUUGCAUCAGCAUUCACGCUGGCAGUCAACAUCAUUGCAAAGAAAAUUGUGUUAAAGGAGCAAACAGGAUCUGAUGACGAAGAUGAUGCAAAUGACAAAACUCUUAUGUACUAUGUGAAUGAUGGGGUCUAUGGAUCAUUCAACUGCAUCUUGUAUGAUCAUGCACAUGUUAAGCCGGUCCUGCAAAAGCGGCCUAAGCCAGAUGACAGCUGCUACUCCUGCAGCAUUUGGGGACCGACCUGUGAUGGCUUAGAUCGGAUUGUUGAGCGGUUUAACAUGCCAGAGCUGCAAGUUGGUGACUGGAUCCUGUUUGAAAACAUGGGUGCCUAUACUGUUGCAGCAGCUUCUACUUUCAAUGGAUUCCAGAGGCCAACAAUACACUAUGUGAUGUCAAGACCAGCAUGGCAACUAAUGCAGCAGAUCAAGGAGCAAGGGUUCCUAGCUGAGGCGGAGGAGCAGGAUGUUUCUAGUCUGCCAGUCUCUUGUGCCUGGGAAAGUGGAAUUGAAUAUCCAGCAACUUGUGCUUCAGCUAGUAUUAAUGUAUAGGUAAUAUUUAGUACCUAAGCGCAAGGUUAGUCAUUGAAUUUAGGGCAUUUGGGGGACUGUUAACUUAAUUCUUGGUAGAAUUUCUAAGUGGUUUUUUUAACAUUUAGGUUUGGCAUAAAUGCAAGAAAAAUGACUAGGAGAUGGGUCACAAUUAUCUGUGUUCCUAUGGAAACUAUUUGAAUAUUGUUUUAUAUGGAUUUUUAUUCACUUUUCAUGUAUGCUACUAAAGACUGACCCUCAACUGUCAAACAAGUAUUUGUAGCUUGUGUAUGGCAGAACGGGCUAAGCUUAGUGCUUUGUGACCUACCUGUUUUAAAAUAAAGUAUAUUGAAAUAA